GGCGGUCUUUUUAACCAUGAUUUGUGCAUGCACGCGCGCACGUGGCACGCGACAAGACAUCAUAAAUUCAUCUGUUUACCUCAUCGGUGAAAGUGAAUCUUGUUGGUGAAAUUUUAACCGAUCAUGCGUUGUACAAAGGAGUUAGAACACUCGUUUUCUCAGGAAUAAGACUAACAAUGAUUAUGAUUGUUCAACUGGAGGGCGCGCGCCUAUUCGAACUUUUCGAAAAUAUUGCGCGCAUGCGGUAUGCACUCAGUGGUUUCCGUUCUGUCAAUUAUUAUUGUAUACACUUUGUACUACAAUGCAGUCCAUCCACGGAUCGGAAUAUUCAUAGGCCAUGAACUACGAACAGGGCACCUAACUGCACAAUCGCUGAAGAGAAUUGACCAGGAGAGCUGACGAUGGACGAGAGCGGUAUUGCCAACAAGCUGUUUGAAGAGCUGACGCCCCAAGCCGAGAUCUUCCGCUCUAAACUCAUCGAGGAUUUUCACCUUCUUGACAGCCUGGACGUCCAGGGACAGUCAGAUGCACCCAAGUUCUACUCCAAGGAUUUCACUGAUAAACUGCAGGUGCAGAAAAUGAUGCUGGAUAACCCGGCCGGACUGGUCAAGUUCCAGGUCUACUCCAGCAAGGACGAGGUGGGCAAGGUCACCAAGGCUGACCGGCGCAAGAACCGCGUCCGCAACAAGAACUCCAAGAACCCACCCCUCAACAUUUGGGCUCACUUUGUCUUGGAGAGUUCCAUUUUUCAGUAUUUCAUGCUUUUCCUGAUUCUCUCAAAUUCCAUUGCACUGGGAAUACAAUCAGAGGUGUCGGGGGACAGCAACCCGAACCUUGCUGGCCUGAAGCAGGCCCUGGAAAUCUUUGACUACUGCUCUUUAUUUCUCUUCAUGGUGGAGAUCCUCCUGAAGUGGAUGGAUGACUUUGUCUCCUUCUGGAAGAACGGCUGGAACAUCUUUGACUUCUUUGUGACUGUCGGGUCGUUUGUCCCAGAGAUCAUUGUGCUCACAGUGGGCGACCUGAAGGAGCUUCGAGUCAUUGUGAAGAACCUGCGAGUCUUUCGCAUCCUUCGCUCGCUCAAGAUGGUGUCUCGGUUCCAGCAGGCCAGGCUGAUUGCUCUUGCUAUCACAAAAGCCUUCAAGGCGAUGACAUUUAUCAUGCUGCUGCUUCUACUCUUUGCCUACAUCUUUGCCAUUGCCGGAGUCAUUUUCUUCGACAGUUACACCAGAUCUGAUCGCGAAGAUUUGCAAUACAAGGACAGCUUCAGUAGUAUCACCCGUGCACUGAUCACGCUGUUCCAGCUCUUCACCCUGGACCAGUGGUACAAGGUUAUGAUGGACAUGUGGAAGGUCGCCGACCGAUUCUUCACGACAUUUUACAUCAUGCUAUGGAUCUGCAUUGGUUCCUUCACCUUCCGCAACAUCUUCGUCGGAAUCAUGGUGAACAAUUUCCAGUCCAUCCGUAACGACCUUUUUGAGGAGGUGAAGGGUCAUGUCGAGACCAGGCAGAUCGCACGGAAUGCUGAGAAGUUCAACGAGGAACUGACCAGGCAAGACCAGAAGCUGAAGGCAAGACGGAUGACGAUUCAUGCCAACCAACAGUUGCUUGCUGAAGCUGCCCAUCAGACAGGGAGUCAAGAACAAACACAAUCAGCCUCUGCAGAGAAUGUCAGAUCAUCUGGUUCUGAUACACAAGAAGUCGUUUCAAAUGACUCUGCUACAAGGUAAGUUAUAUCUUUCAUUA